CGUGCUUUCCGUCUAAUAAAACUUGGGUGAAAUUCAAUUGCAACUUUCCCAAUAAUCAUGGUUGUGUUCAUUAGUGGCGACUUAACAAAAUGUCCGACUCGUUGGCAAAAUAUGGCAUUUACAUUGAUGAUUUAAGCAAAAUACGCGUUCUAGAGCCGGAAACGGCUAAUCAAACGAAUAAACUGAAGGAGGAAUGUGAGAAUUUCGUUUCGAAGAUCACGGAUUUUGAGAAAAAUUCGGACGACUUUAUCAAAAUAUUGGAUACUCUGGCGCGAGAAGUAGAGAAGGAAAAAAUGAAAACUAUCGGUGCACGGAAUCUAUUACGUUCCGUCGCCAAGCAAAGGGAGUCCCAAAAGCAGCAAAUGCAGGCGUUAAUUUUGGAAAAGUCCGUGGAAUUAGAACGACUACGGAUACAAUACGAGUCUUUAAAAAAGAUUGAAAUGGAGCAAUUAGAAACCAUUGAACAUUUAUCAGUGAAUUAAUUGUAACAUUCUGCUUCUCAAUUUUCUCCUUGUCAUUAAUUUACGAUUGUAUGAGUUUAUCGACACGUAAUAUUUAACAAAUUCCAUCUAUAAGUAAUUGACAUUGACCUGCAAACACUUGGAUUGGAAUUAAAAAGCGACAUAUGUAUUCUUUAGUCUCAGCUUUUCUCAACGGAGGAUUUUGUCUGUAUUAUUCUUCGACUGACGAGUGGCACAUACAUAUUUUUUUUUAAGUCAAAAUUAAUUAACUAUAAAUACACAGUCCCUUGUCAAUA